CGUUGUCUAAUAAAGUUUGGCCUGCUCUGCGCAUGUCACAGUAAGUAGUCGAUACCCAAGCAGGCUGUAGUAGUUCAUCACCCAUUCAGCCUCGAUUUUUUACAGGUGUGGUUUGAUGUUAACUUAGCUAAAAGUUUUGUGAACACUGACAUUUUAAUAUACCGGAGUGAUUUAAGUAUAAUUUAUAAAACGUUUGGUUUUAGAAAUUUUACUUUCUCCAGAGUUAAAGAAAAGCACUUAGCAAUAAUGCAUCUAGCAAGAAGAAUUUUGCAAAUUGUUUUUUUAGGAUUUUUGUGUACAAUGGUCAGUUGUCACGGGCUUAUCAGCGAUGAAUCGAUCGAUGCUACUUCUCAACCAGACACUGAAACAACACAACAGUACGAUAACAACAACAACUAUGAAAAAGCUAGCACAUUAGAGGGUUUCAUUAGACUUUUAGGAGAUGACCCUAGACAAGUUUUGUCGAGCAUGUAUGGUCAAAAUGAUGGAGGUAAAAAUAUCGCAAAGCCUGACAUCUGCUCGCCACGACCAAUCAGCGUUAAACUCAAGUACAAUUUAGACCGGACAGGUAUAAUACACUACCCCGUGUGUACCCUGGUAGACCGAUGUGGGGGCUGUUCAACGCCUGGCGUUAAGUGUGUCCCCACUAAGACAGAGUGGCUUAACCUUACGGCGAUUGCAGCUGAAUACUCAAACACGGCCAUUGCUUGGACAUACAAGGAAGUCUACGUCGCCAUCAGGCGUCACCUAUCCUGCAAAAUUCAGUGUUCUUUGAAUGAUGAAAAAUGCGGCCCCAAAAAGAUCUUCAAAGCAGCAGACUGCCUGUGCUACUGCCGUGAACAUCUCAAAUGUGAAUCGCCAUUUUUUCUCGACCCGGAGACGUGCAACUGUACUUGUGGUCCAAUCAACUGCUGCCCAGAUGGUCCGGCCAAGCCCUGUCAUCUGGUUUUGAAUAAUAAAACAUGCCAGUGUGACCUUAAACCCCAAAUGUACAGCAACGCCAGCGGCAGCAUCCCCUCGUCACAGCAAGUUGUUACAAGCGCGCUUUCGACACCACCAGCCGCCGCACCGAACACCACAUCGACAACAUCUUCAGCAAACGACCCAUGUGCAAAUUACAAGUGCCCUCCGCGAACUGUCAAAUAUGUUAACAAUGGCAGAGGUUGUGCUUGCCGCACUCAAAACGUCAUACCACAAAAUUAAAUAUAAAACAAAUAUUAAAAACCCUUAGAAUAACAAGCUUUUAAAUGCACUAAACAUAAGAAAAUUGAAACAAACUUGCUUUUUUUAAUAAAAGCAGUUGACAAAAUAUCGUUGCUAAAAUGUGUAAGAUUUUCCAUUAGCAACCGGUACAUUUAUUAAACAAAACAAGCUUUCUUCUAUUUUUUUUUUCAGUGCUUUUAAAAGCUUAUUAUAAUAAAGGUUUUUUUUUUGUUUUAAUUUCUUCAUUUUAGUAAUUUGUUCACAAUGAAGUCGACAACACCUACGACUAAACAUAUUUGCCGUAAAACCUUGCGACCUAAUCCAUAAUCGAUUAUCAUUUAAGUUUGUUAUCUCCCCUUUUGUUUUUAAAUUUUUAAAUGACUAUUCUAAUGUCUAACUAAACUGGAAAUAACCUAUUCUUUCACUGUCGUAAGAGACGAAUGUGUCCGGUAAGAUCGAACGAAAUAUCUGCAUUAAAAUUGGUUAAAUGAAAUUACAAGAAUUCUCACAAACCCAUAUACAAUCAAACAACCAGACAUUGUGAAUUAAAUAAAAGCUUUUAUUUAUAAUAGUGUUUACAAUAUUUAAU